AUGACAUCGGUCGGCGUUCCCAUUAAGGUAUUGCAUGAUGCUGAAGGGCACGUAAUAACGCUGGAAACAAUAAACGGGGAGAUAUUCCGAGGAAAACUUAUUGAAGCUGAAGAUAAUAUGAACGUUCAUCUGCAGGAUAUUAUCAUGACUGCCAGGGACGGAAAAACGUCGAGCCUUCAACAUGUUUAUAUUCGGGGAAGCAAAAUCAGAUUUCUAAUUUUGCCCGAUAUGCUUAAAAACUCACCGAUGCUCAAACGCCCUCUCGGUGCACGUGGCCUCGGCACAGGACGCGGGAAAAACGUUAUUGUCAGGGCUGGAGUUCGCGGAAGAGCUCGUCCACUUCGUGGUGCUCGGGGCGCACCUCCAGCUCCAGCUUUUCGACGUUGA